AUGGUGCAUUUUAGAAAGAAAUCUUCUGCAAGUGGAAACAGUGGUGGUAACCGUCACUCUGACAUUAAAGUAUCAAAAGAAGACGCAGAAAGACUGAAGAUACGUACCGCUUCUGUCCAUGAUCCCAUUUUGGAGGCCGUCCAGGAGGCACAACCUUUCGAACAAGCAGCAGACACGUUUAAUGAGAAUUUAAAGAAAAGGUCGUUCUUUGCGACGGAAGAUGGCCAGUUUGUACAACCAAGAGAUGUCUUUGGUCAACCUAUUGAUGUUCCAGAUGUUUCAAAUCCAACAAGAUCAAGAGAUGAAAGACCCUUGGAUACCAUUAGAGGAUUCGAAUAUGCCGUCAGUGGAGACCCAUACUGGUUUCAACAAAUAGAAACUCCACAACUAGGGUUCCAUGUCAGACAAGAUUUCUAUUUUGGAAGUGAACCCACCUACGGCAAUGGCAUCAACUACAACCAAACAUACUCAGAACAACCUGUUUACCAAAACAAUCCAGUAAGGACAGAAGAUUCUGCAGAAAAGAAGAAAAAGAGAGGUUUCUUCGGUCUUGGGCGAAAGAAGAAAAACUGA